AUGGGUCAGGCAGCCCUCUACACCACCUCUAAUAGUGGGGCACGCCUACACCGGGAUCUGGUAUAUGCGACUGACGCAGAGCCUUUUGGGACCCUCCACAUGACAAUUGAUUCCUCGAAAAAGUAUCAAACGAUUCAAGGAUUUGGGUCCACGUUCUCAGAUGCUUCUGGAGCCAAUCUCAAAAGUCUUCCCGACAAAUUAGCGGAUACUGUAAUCCGACAGUAUUUCUCGGAGAGUGGUCUCAACUUGCAGUUCGGUCGUGUUCCGAUGGCUAGCACCGAUUUUUCGGGACGAGUUUAUAGUUAUAAUGAUGUCCCAGAAGAUUAUAUGAUGAAGAAUUUCAAUUUGACUAGGGAGGAUUUUCAGUGGAAGAUCCCCUAUAUUCAAGCCGCGAAGAGAUACAACCCGAAUUUGAAGCUUUUUGGUGCUCCGUGGAGUGCUCCGGGUUGGAUGAAAACGACGAAAGAAAUGUCGGGACCAGGAGCGCUGAACGGGCAUGCUGGUGAUAAUUAUCAUAAGGCAUAUGCAACCUACUUUGUGAGAUUCCUAGAAGAAUACUCAAAAUCUGGAAUCAAUUUUUGGGCGCUGAGCACUCAAAAUCAGCCAACUUUAGGGUCGGAUAAGAAGAAUAAAAUUCAAUCGACACUUUUCACGGCCGAAACUCAAAGAGAUUUUAUCAAAUCCGAUCUUGGACCGGCCUUAAAAGGAAAAAAUGUCACAUUACUGAUAAUGGAUGAUAAUCGUGGAAAUUUGCCGAAAUGGGCGGAUACGGUGCUCAACGAUCAAGACGCCGCCAGAUACGUCUCUGGAAUCGGGGUGCAUUCUUAUCAAGACUCUGAAACUGAUAAACAUUUGGAUGAUACCCACAAAAAACACUCAAAUUUCUUUAUUCUAGGUACUGAGGCCAGCGAAGGGGGCGGAGCCAAGGAGCAAUCUGUGGAUUACGGUAGCUGGGAGCGUGCCGAGGAUACGGUUUCCGAUAUUUUGGAUGACUUAAAUAAUUGGGUCGUCGGAUGGACCGAGCGGAAUCUGAUCCUGGAUGCCCAGGGUGGACCAUCGUGGGUUUCCGAUUUUGCCGAUGCACCAAUUAUUGCCUUCCCAGCAUUGGCUCAGUUCUACAAACAGCCAAUGUUCUACGCAAUUGCUCAUUUUAGCCACUUCAUCAAGCCUGGGGCCGUCCGAAUUGACCAUUCCCUCAACGUCAUUGAGCUGGAAGUUGAGUCAGCCGCAUUUUUGAAUCCAGAUGGGUCCAAAGUGAUCAUUAUGCUGAAUAAGGCUGCGUUGGUUUCCACGGAGCAUACUGUAGUUGUGCAGGACGCUGCUGAUAAUCGCAACCAUUAUCAAUUCAAACUUCCACACAGAAGUAUCACUACAUUGUACAUUCAAACUUCGAAUUUUUGA